GCGCCGCACAGAGCGCACACUGCGUGCGGCGCCACACUCCAGCAGCCCGCAUGGACUCGCAACACAGUGAGGACGCAAGAAGCCCAGGGGGCCCGGUGGGCAUCUAUGGGUGGCGGAAGCGGUGCCUCUACUUGUUGAUCGUGGUGCUGGUGGCGGUGGUGAUCGUCAAUCUGUCGCUCACCCUGUGGCUGCUCAAAGUCAUGCAGUUCUCGUCGGAAGGCAUGGGCAGAUUAAAAGUGGUCGAUGACGGUCUUCAGCUGCAAGGACGUGCGAUGGUGCUGGACUCUUUGAUAGCGUCAACAAUUCGUUCACGUCCCGGGACACCCAUAAGCAUAGACUCAUCGCACAACUUCUCGGUCAACGCCAGGGACCACUUGGGUCGCACGGUCAGCAGACUUAUACUAGGAAGCGACCAGUUUGAGUGUCUGGCGCGGGGAUUCCGAGUCACCGACCCCAAAGGAGAGGUGCUUUUUUCAGCGACGAGAGGGGAGGUUGAAAUUAGGGCAGAAACCCUGCGAGUCACCGGAGGGGCGGUUUUCGACGGAAGUGUCCAGACGCCCAUGGUUCGGGCCGACUCUGGUUACGAAUUGAAGUUGGAAUCUCCAACAAGGUCGCUUCACGUGAAAGCACCUCAGGGUGUCUCAAUUGAAGCCCGUGCAGGUGAAAUCAGUGCAAAUUGCUUGUCGGACAUGAAACUCCAGUCCGUUGCAGGCACGGUGCGUCUGGAGGCGGCCAACGUGUUUAUGCCAGGGCUUCGGGAGGCGAGCAGGGGCAGCGGACAGAGCAGUCGCGCCACUCAGGACGUCUACCAGUUGUGUGCGUGCGCGAACGGACGCGUUUUCCUCGCGCAACCGGACGUCGCGUGUGCCGCCGACAGCGACGUUUGUCGCUAAAUUUCUGCAGCUUACAAACAAAGACCUCUUCCGUCAAUUAUUAUAUCAAAUGCAAAAGAUGCCUCUUAUGUGAACGGCUGAAAGAAGUGCAAGUUCUGAAGUGUUUUAAGUCUGGAUUUUUUUAUUUCAAGUGAGGAAACAAAGUUUUUAUUUUUGAUCAAUUUAUUUAAGUCUAGUGUGUAUGAAUAUAGACUGAAUUUAUUAUUAACAUAUCGUUAUAUUAUCAAAAUCAUAAAUUUGUAAAAAUAAUAGAAUUUCAUCAAUUUAUUUCUUUAAUUUGUUAAUCUUUGAAAGCUGGAUAUACAUAUUAUAGAGUUUAGUUUGUUGAUGUUUUAGUUAGAUGAGGACUGUCUUUCUACUGAAAAUUAAUUUUGAAAUGUAUUAAAAAAAGAUGGUGCUUAACUCUUCUUUUUUACUGAUAAACCUAUAAAUAUUUCCAUUUCUCUAAUAAGAUACACGUUAUGUGAAAACUAACACGACGAACCGCUUGUUUUUAUGUAAACGCUCGCAAUAAA